AUGAUUGUGAAGCUGUUUGAAGCUGAGUGACCUAGGUAGGCUAUAUUGAAUAAUAUUUUGUACUAGACUAGUUUGGGUCGAAAAGUAACCGAUUGAUUUAGUGGAGUUAGAGUAUGGAGGUAAAUCCAAAUCAUCAAAAUAGCCAAAUUUUAGAAAUAGAUGGUGUAAGGCUACUAAAGGUUAGGCGAAGGAUUAGAAACGGCAAGAGACCAUUAUGGUCCGAUACAGAGGUAAGAGAUUUGAUCGAGAUAAUCAAAAACAAAAAUCUGCUACUCUCUUUAACGCGUAGAAAAUAUGGUCGAUAUGAAAUAUUUACCCUCAUAUCUGAAGAAAUGAAGAAAAAGGGCUAUACUAGGACUAGAGAUCAGAUAAACACAAAAUGGAAACAAUUGAGGCUAUCCUAUCACAGAGCCAGAGAAGAAGAGCCAGAACAAAUGUUAGAAGACUGCCCAUUUUUUUAUGAACUAGAUGAGUUACAUACUGGUAAAGCUCGGCCGAAACCUCAAUCUCAACAGCCUAUUCAACCUGGAACUUUUAUUCAGAUCGAUCCUUCCCAUCUUAUAAAAAUUGAGCCAUCACAACUGAUAAGAAUUGAUCCUUCAAAUUUUGUCCUAGUUCAACCACCUCCGGUGGCGAUAAAAGCAGAGACUAAGAAAAAAACACUUCCAAAUAGCGUUGAAGACCAAGAUUGGUUCAGCAAAGUAAUAACAAAAUCAGAAAAGAACUGGGAAGAUGACCGAAGACAAAGGGAACAAGAGCUAACAGAUCUACGCCAGUGGGAGCAAAGACUAGUGGAGAAACAGAGAGCGGUAUUGUCUAAGGCUAAUGAAGAUUUCCUCAAAGGUUUAAAAGGAUUAGUGGAAAUGUUUAAAAAGUAAAAUGUCAUAAAAGUGCAUACACUUUCCUGUACCAUACACCUUUUUUUGGUAAAUUGCAUUCAUAAACUACUAAUUAAUUGUUGUAAUAAAUGAUGUAAAUAAAUGAAUUAUAAGGCCUAUUUAAUAUUUCAUUUCAA